AUGCCUUUCCCCUCUCCAGAACGCUCAGAGACCUUGUUCCGACUUCACGAUGCACACACACCAGCAGCACCCAGCCAACUCCUCGGCGACUCUGCUGCCCUCGAAAAGCGACAGUCCUCCCCAGACUGUGGCCCCUCCGCCAACGGCGCCAGCUGCACCAACAACCAAUGCUGCUCGCAGUUUGGCUACUGCGGCACAGGCGACAUCUACUGCUCCCCCGCAGACGGGUGCCAGCCCGCCUACGGAGCAUGCGAGGGCUCAUCCACUUCCACCACCACGACCUCGACGUCCUCCUCCUCCUCCUCCUCCUCCUCCUCCUCCUCCUCCUCUUCCAGCACCACCACCAGCACGUCGCCGUCUCCCUCCGGUACACUGACCGUCUCGACCAACGGAAUGUGCGGCAACUCAACCACCUGCGCCGGGUUCAGCGGCGGGCAGUGCUGCUCCGAGUACUGGUACUGCGGCGACGGGGCUGCGUGUAGCAACAACAUCGACCACCUCGAGCACGAGUUCGACUUCUCCGCUUCCGCCAGGGCAGACUGCGACCACUGA